UUGGUUAGUGGUGCUUGUGCGAAUGCCGGAGUUGGUCGACAGUACGUUGUGGCUCGUCGUGUCUCUACACCGUUAGCACCGGAGGCGUCUCGUCCGGAACUCGACGCGUGUUAUCUUGGAUAAUAUAAUACGGAUCGAUAAAAUCGCUCACGAUUAGUGACGGUCCAGUAAGAGCCGUGCAAAUGAUACUUCGAAUGAUUAAUACAAGUUUCGAUUACUCUUGAAUGUAAGCCCUGAAUGUUUUGUUUGUUUUUUGGCUAUUAUUCUGCGUUGUAUAUUAUCGGCCAAGUGGAUAAAAGGCAAUAUUUUGCGGCGCCUUCUACAGUAAACAAAAACAAUAUGUUUUCGACGGAUAAGUAUGCCGGUGCGUUAUCACAAACGCGUUCAAGACGCCGGCCGUGUCGUUACUAUGGCGUCCCGUCGGCCGUCCUGCUGCUAAUGGCUAGUGUGGCAGUGAACACGGCCCAGCCACCACUUCCUUCGCCGUCGUGUUACAGGACGUCCAACUACUUUCGUACCCAUUUAAACGACACGUCCAACGUGUUGGCCCAACCGACAUCGAAUGUCCAGCUACAAAUUUGUGGGAAAUCUCAGGAUUCUUGUUGCGGUGAAAAUUCUGAACUUCAACUGGCAACGGUCGGUCGAAAUUUAUAUGAGGAAAAAUUGCAAUCCUCGCUUAAAGGAUUAAGUGUAAUGUACAAAGAGAAAGCUGCUAAAUUUGAUGAAUACUUCAAAGAUAUGUUGAACAAAGCUCGAAUAGGAUUCCAUGAUAUGUUCAAAAAAACCUACGGAAUGAUGUAUGAACAAAAUUCCUACUUGUUUCAAGACUUGUUUCGUGAUUUGGAGAAAUAUUAUGAUUCCGGUAACUCCAAUAUCAUAGAAGUACUCGAAAAUUUUUUUUCUGUGCUUUGUCAAAAAAUGUUUACAGUCAUGAAUAGCCAAUAUACUUUCGACUCUAAGUAUUUAGUGUGUCUGAGUGAGAGUAUGGCUGAAGUAGCGCCUUUUGGAGAUGUUCCAGAUAAACUGUCAGCACCACUGAAACGUUCUUUUGUCGCUUCCAGAACUUACGUCCAGGCUCUGAAAAUAGCUGGUGAAAUUUUGGCCAACAUCAACAAGUUGAUGCCCACCCAAGAAUGUCUAGUAGGAUUUACAAGGAUGACACAAUGUCCAGCGUGUAAAGGUCUUCAAGAUAGUAGAGCUUGUAACGGAUACUGUUUAAAUGUAAUGAAAGGAUGUUUAGCUUAUCAUUCACAACUUGACCAAGACUGGAACGCAUUUUUAGAUAUAAUGGAAAAAGUACGAAAACGGUUGUUGGGACCAUUCAACAUAGAAUUAGUAGUCAUUCCUAUUAACGUUAAAAUAUCUGAAGGUAUAAUGAACUUCCAAGAAAAUGCGCAGAAAGUUUCACAAAAAGUGUUUUCGAACUGUGGUAAACCAACAUUGGGCGCUCAUCGAAGAAAAAAACGCAAUAGCGAAAUGUAUGAUGGAGACUAUUAUGACGAAGAGCAAGAAAGAGUAAUGAAUGACGGCAAUAAAAAUCGGGACGAUGAAGGCGACGACGACGAUGACGAAGAUGAAGAAUAUGAAGAAGUCAAAAGGCCAACAGUGACCAGAAACAAUGAUAAACGCGAUAACAUCCCUGGGGAAAAUAAUGGCAGGAAAACUCAACAAAGAAAAAACAAGAAUAACAAUAAUAAUAAUGCUCCGAAAAACAGUGGUAACGGAGGAAACAAAGGCCGAAAGAAAAAUAAUAAAAACAACCGCUUGGAAGACGAAGAAGAAGAAGAUCAAGAUACUCCCGCAUAUGCUUUUCACAGGCUUUUAAAAGAUAUUGGAAAUGAUGUAGAAUCCAAAAAGACUUUUUGGAAGCGAUUACCUUACGAAGUAUGCAAUGAGCUUGCAGUAAAUUCGCAAAACGCUACAUGUUGGAAUGGAUCAGCUUUAUCAAGUUACACGAAAGAAGUUAUGAAAGACGGUAUCAAAAAUCAAAAAAGAAAUCCUGAAGUUUUAGUUGAUAUGCAACGACCAAGCAGUUUACUCAACGAACAAGUUUUCGCAUUAAAAGCUUUAACUAAUCUGUUGAAAAACGCCUACCAAGGACUUGAUGUCGAGUGGGACAUGGAAGAAGUAUUCCAUGGAGGAGAAUCUAGCGGAAUUGGACCAAUUGCUUCAUCUGGUGAUGGAGCUGGCGAAGAUGAUUCUGAAACGCCAGCUACUGUAGUCAUUGAUGUUACUUCUUCGACAUCGACAACUACAACUGAUUCAAUAACAACUAGCACUUUUAAAACAAUUGACAGUAAUGACAUCUAUUCGCGCACUACCAAUACAGAUUCCAGCUCUGGAAAUAGAGUUAAGAUGUCUUUGCGAAAAGCUGUUGCUACGUAUUUGUUACCAGUUGUCGCUGUUUGGUUCGGUGGGUCAUUCUUAGAAUGGAUACUGUGAUAAAUUUGUUCCUGAGUAUAUAUUUUAUCAUUCUCCGUGGUGCCAUAAAAUGUACAGUGUUUAUCUGUGAUACUUUUUAUAAAAAUAACAUUACUGUUUAAUUUCUGUAGGAAAAAUCAGUAUAUAUUUCUAUGUCUGUGACUUCUCAUGAUUUUUUUUGUAAAAAAAAUAUUUAUUAUUUUGUAAAAUAUUAAUUGUAUAUCUGGGGAAUAUUAUUUUAUUGUUUCUAUUUUAACUAUUAUUUUACUCCUAAAAUAAUCAACUAUUGUUAUGGUUUCAAUUUAAAAACCACUAAUUUAAUAUUCAAUGUUAAAAAAUUUUUGUAAAGAGUAACUAGGUCAUUAAUUGGUUUAUUAUAUUGAUUAGCAUUUGUUUUUAGAAUAUUAUUAAGAAUUGUUCAGUAAUUCUUCUCAUUUGGCCACAGUGCACUUUUUAAAAAUAGUAUUUAUAAGUUUUUGUCCACUUAUUGAGAAAAAAUUGGUUUGUGUUCUAAAAAUUAAGUGAUUUAGUCUAGUCAGCAUAUGAUAAAAAUGUGAAUAAAUUUAUACAAUAUUUAAUUAAGACAUUUCAGUUUUUAUUGUAAAACACAUUUGACAAAGGGAUGGGUUUAAGAAUUUACAUAUUUCUGUGUAACAAUAUCUUAUUUAUACAUUUAAUAAUGUAUUUUAACAAUUGAAUUUACAUACAAUAUUUAGAAUUUGUACAAACAUAAAAUAUUAUUUCUAUAUAACAGGGAUAUAUAUAUAUAUAUAUAAAUUUAUGUAUAUUAUUAUACAAGCCCAAUCUUUUAUCAUUAUCUAUAAGCAAAAUAAUAUAAAUAUACAAACUCAUAUUCUGUAACUAUGUACUUAUAUUUAUGUAUAUAAAUAAUUUAUAAUUAAAAACAUCAAUAAAACAAAGUUUUACAUAAGCAUUUGUGUUCUGGAAGUAUAAAAAUUUCAAGCAUGUUAACCUUUUUAGAUGUAAAACUAUACGCUGUAUAAAAUUAUACCAACUUAAAAUAAAUAUACAAAUAUGAAAUUGAAACAUCUACACAUGAUAUUUUCAAGGAAACAAAAAUAAUACUUAUGUACAAAUUAUUAUAUUAAUUUUCACUAUAAAUGGCCUACCCUGGUAAGGUCUGCCACAAAGC